AAACAUUUAUAUUAAUGAUCGCAGUGCCCUCGUGUCACGGGAAGGUCUAUGGAACGAGUAUUGUACAUGCAUAGGAUAAACACGCAAGAACUUGUUGCUUGGGUAUUGGCUACACUGAAGUGGGCGUGUGCGACACAUUCUGAGAACAUGUGUUUUGAUUCAUCAGGAAGAAGCGUAGGGCAAUAUUGCCACGGAGUGUUGACAUUUGUGUUGUGUGUGCGUACUGUGUUUUACACCAAUCUUGCCAAAGAUAUGUCUUGAUUCUCAGAUAAGUGUGCUAAUCUCAACAACAUGGCAAAGUUUGUGCCAGGAUCUGCAUCUUCUCCGACAGCUGAAGUGGAGCUCAGUCUGUCAUGCAGGGACCUUUUGGACACCGAUGUAUUCUCAAAAUCGGACCCAAUGUGUGUUACUUACCUGAAGACGUAUGAGACACAAGACUGGAUUGAAGUGGGACGAACUGAGAUGGUCAAGAAUACAUUAAACCCAGAUUUUGUACGAAAGGUACAUUUGACAUACAGAUUUGAGGAACAACAGUGGCUGAAAUUCGCUGUGUACGAUAUUGAUACAGAAUCACCUGACCUUGGAGAACAUGAUUUCUUAGGAGAAUGUGAAUGCACUCUAGGCCAGGUAGUAUCUGCUGGUCGCUUAGCUUUGCAGCUUCAUCGUCCAUCUUACACACGGGGACAGUUAAUAGUAUCUGUUGAAGAGCUUGCAACGUGUCGUGAUGAAGUAAUUUUACAGUUUUGUGGGCGUAAUCUAGAUCGUAAGGAUUGGUUUGGCAGCUCUGACCCCUUUCUGGAGUUCCAGAGAGUUGGAGAAAAUGGCAGUUAUCAUGUAGUCCACAGGACAGAAGUGAUAAAGUGGACAUUGAAUCCUAACUGGAAACCAUUUGUAAUGCCAGUCAGAACCUUGUGUGCUGCCGAUAUGGAUCGCUCAAUUAAAAUUGUGUGCUACGACUGGAACCGCAGUGGGAGCCACAGCCUCAUUGGUGAAUUCUGCACAACAUUACGCGAACUCUCAAAUGGUCCAGGGCCUGCCACCGUCUUCCACUGUAUACAUCCUCGCAAACAGGCAAAAAACCAGUCAUACCAACAUUCUGGAGAGGUGAGGCUUCUCCGUUAUGAAUACAAAAAAGUCUACUCUUUCCUUGAUUAUGUAAAAGAAGGAGGUACACAGCUGAAUUGCACUAUAGCCAUAGAUUUCACAGCUUCCAAUGGAGAUCCACAGAGUCCAGACUCUUUGCAUUAUAUAUCAUCAGUUGCACCAAACCAGUAUGAGCAGGCACUGACAGCUGUUGGAGAGAUAAUUCAAGAUUAUGACAGUGAUAAACUGUUUCCUGUGCUUGGUUUUGGUGCUCGUAUACCCCCUGAUGGAAGGGUCUCCCAUGAAUUCUUUGUAAAUAUGCUUCCCAGUCCAUUUUGCUCAGGAAUUGCAGGUGUUUUGGAAGCUUAUAAGAGUUGUAUUAGGCAAAUUCAACUCUAUGGGCCAACAAACUUCAGCCCAGUUAUCAAUCAUGUUUCAAAAUUUGCAGAAACAUACUGUGAUGGCACACAGUAUUUCAUACUGUUAAUAAUCACAGACGGAGUAAUCACAGACAUGUUUCAAACAAAAAAGGCAAUUAUCCAUGCUUCAUCUCUACCAAUGUCAAUCAUUAUUGUGGGUGUUGGGAAUGCCGAUUUCACAGCUAUGAACGAGUUGGAUGCUGAUACGGUUCCACUCGUGGUUAAUGGUAUUAAGGCUGAGAGAGACAUUGUGCAGUUUGUACCAUUUAGAAAUUUCCAAAGCAUAAGGAAUCCAACAUUGGCAAAAGCAUAUCUUGCAAAAGAAGUGUUAGCUGAAAUUCCUGACCAGAUAGUAGGUUUUAUGAAGUCUCGAAACAUAGCUCCGAAGCCACGUCCUGCAACUGGGAUUCCUACUGGUGAUGUUGGUUCUGUUGUGCAGUGACUGACUCUUGUUAACAUGCUCUUAAAGUUGUGCAGUCUUCUAUCACUUAGGAUAAGAAUAUCCUGAACAUUUCAAGGUAUUUGUGAAAUUUUUGUGAAUCCAUUGUCUGUGAUUGUAGAACUACAGAGAAAUAAUCAUUUCUUAGCUGAAAUUAUUGUCACUGAGCAUAAUCACAGUUUCUUUUAAAUUAAUAAAUUUAGUAUUACUUUCUAAUAAACUGUAUAAAUCAUUCCAGAUAGAGAUAUAGGUCACAAGUAUCUAAAUU